AUGACUCAAAUUUCCGAAAUCCUUCCGUGGCACUAUCAGUUCGCCUUCAUGAUCUUCGAGCCAAGUGUUAUCUUUGCCACUCUUCCUCUGAUCCCAGCAUCGCCGAUUGAUCACUUUCACUCCCUCGCACCAGCCGACAGCGCUGGGCCUUUCUGGUCGCCCUCUCCUCUGCAUGGAUCAUGCGAUGCGGCGUCGGCAUGGAACACUCCUCAGCUCCGCGGUCUCUGGUAUGCAUUCAUGUCAGCUCUUGCCUUUAGUGGUGUCAUUGAGCCACUGCUACUCUAUGUGGCUCGGUAUAAACUGCGAGACGUCCACGAUGCAGAGCAAGUCAUAAAGGCGGUUUUGUUCGCUUUUAUGGCAUUUGAUGUUUUCCACGCAGGUGCGACAUUAGCUGUGACAGGUGUAGCGGCAGCACUUCCUGGAUCUAGUAUGAAUGUAUACGUGAUGGUUAAUGUUUGGGUCCCUACUGCAUGGUUGCUUGUGCGGACAUUGUGGAUGGUUGGUAUUGCAAGAAAGUCUCCCGUCAACAAGACCGUCCGCAGGAAGAUCAAGGACUAA